GAAGAAGCUGACAAGGUUGCUCAAAGGUUGGCCCCAGAAGGAGUGGAUCAACUUUCCCCCGAGGUACCCGUGCAAACCAAAAGCAUGUGCCUGCAAAGUUUCACAAUGACCGAAGUCUUUUACAGGUGCAGCGUUGAUUUUCCACAGGUUGAGAUCCACAGCGGGGGCAGCAAGAAGGACAAGACUGCCCUACGCCUUUGCUUUGGCCAAGCUUUCAACUUGGAUGAGGCCUAUGAGUUCUUAGAGAACCUAUCUUUGCUGGGCUCCAGAAGUGACAAAGGUAAGGAUUCUUCAGCCAACGCCCACACAAGCACACUCAAUACCUUGCUUGCCCGCGGCAAGACCAAAAGAGCCAUGAGGACGCCCACAUCGUAUGAGGCUUCCAGAACACAGCACAUAAGCCUCUCUCUUCUCGGCAACGGGCAUCCAUCCAAGCUCAUAUCGAUGGAGCGCAACUUGGAGGGCCAGCAUGCAGCAGCCACAAAGGAGUGUUUCUUGCUUUGUGUGGAUGUGAGCGUGCCGCGGCAUGAAACUUUGUACCCUGACAUGCUUGCAGCAGAUGGUUCUUGGCCGGCCUGGGCUGGCUGCCUCUGCCACUGCUCCAUGACGUGGCAGAUGGCGAGUUCGAGAUCAAACAGAACACGUCCAAGCCGGUGCCCGGAGGGUCUGCAAGUACUUCGCCAAGCGGCCGCACAACGUCCUGGAUUUGACCGAUCAAGCGCAGAAGCUCUUGCUCGGCAACCAAGUGGCGCAUUUAUCCGGGCUACUGGCAAGGAUGGCCAAUCUUCCAUGGGAGCCUUACAUGCCAAUGCCGCCCAUCAGCAGGGCAUCCUGAGCGCAGCAGUCGCCAUUUUGGAAAUGGCUGCCGGAAGCGGCUCCUUUGACGAACAGGGGCAAUUGCAAGUCACAGAGGAUCACGUGCAGGCGGCAGUGGCGGUGACCAGCUUGCUUGAACUUGCGGCCCCUUGUGAAUCCCCAUUGCCAUGUCACACAGGACUUGGAAGGCCAGCUUUGUUGGCCAAUCAGUGGACCAAAGGCCAGCUUGUUGGCCAGUUCAAAUGUCAUUCCUCAGUAACCAUUGCCAUGCUCUGCUGUCUGUUCUUUUUUGCGCAGGUUGCGGCAAGGAUGGUCGAGCUAAGCUUGGAGAUUCGGGAGGUGUUGCGCGGCCCUGUGGAUGCCGCCAUUGCCCCAACUUCCGAUUCUGAAGGUGAACAGUUCAAGCCUGUGCAAGUUCCAGCUCCGCAGAAGCGCUUUGCGCCUCCUGUAGCAACUCAAGAACAGGAUGCCUCGCAGCCCACCAAGGGAGAGAGACUUGAAGAUGAAGACCACGUUCCUGUUUCAGUUCCUGAAUGUUGCUCCCAGCACGUUCAACAGCAAGGGCCAGCGAAAACGGAGCCCCAAAACCCUUUGCAUUUCCUUGAUCUUGAGCCGGCAGAUGCCUUCUUUUCCAGGGGCUUAGGGGAAAAUGGUGUCAUGAUUUUGCCAGGCGACAUGCAGGACAGAUCCCUCAUGCGCAAGUUGCUUCUGCUUGGACGCAGUGAGCUGACACUUGCAAAGGCGGUGGACAUCUACCACGUGACCGAAAUCAAAAAUGGAAAGCGUCGGAAGUUGCGACCUCCCCAAGCCAAAGUCUUGCAAGUCUUUCAGACGGUUUUCUCUCUAUACCCUCGGUUUGGGCAAGUCAAUCUUUCCACACGCCGUGGCUCUGAGAUGCUGUACCACAAUGAGGCAAUGAGAUGCUGUCGGGUGUCCAUCCGCGAGAUCUCGAAAAGGCGGGCUUUGUGGCAUGACCGCGACGCUGGAAGAGACGAUCUAGGGGACGAUGCCCCUCAAGGAGUUGAAGGGGAGGAACCUGAAGCGGAGGAAGUUGCAGUGGUAACUCCGCAGCCUGCCACACCACCCUGCGGCCGACGCUGA